AAUCAUUCCCCAUCAUGAUGCUGAAAAUAUAGUUUCCAGCAAAGUGUGUAACACGGCACCCAAAUACCCUGGACCUGAAUACAAAUAAUUUAUAUGUAUUUGUGUAUUCUAUUGGGUUAUGGAUUACUUUUGGUUUUACUCCUAUUUUAUGUUUAUUUUGGAAAGACCGUUUGGAAACACACAAGUCAACUGCAGCAGUUAAGUUACAAUAAGGAAAAGCCUGAGAAUGCACUCAGAGGGUGGGCAUCUAGAGAGGGCUAUGGAAUCCACACUGGCACUAGUUACAUCUCUGGAUGCCUGUGUUGCAGUUUGUGGGCAUUUACAAUUUCUGGGCUCAUUUUCCCUGAAAUGCUAGGAGCAAGGUCCCUUUGAUAGUGAUCAAUGCAUGGUUGGCUGCCCCACUGAGGGCCGCUGGAUCUGUUAAACUCUCUCCUUUCCCUCUUUGGAAGAGCGGCAUGAAGCUGGCAAUCCUCUUCCUUGGCCCCAUGGCCCUCCUCCUUCUGGCUGGCUGUGGCUGUGUCCUUGGCGCCUCCAGUGGGAACCUGCACACCUUUGUGGGCUGUGCCGUGAGGGAGUUCACUUUCCUGGCCAAGAAGCCAGGCUGCAAGGGCCUUCGGAUCACCACGGAUGCCUGCUGGGGUCGCUGUGAGACCUGGGAGAAACCCAUUCUGGAACCCCCCUACAUUGAAGCCCAUCAUCGAGUCUGUACCUACAACGAGACCAAACAGGUGACCGUCAAGCUGCCCAAUUGUGCCCCGGGAGUCGAUCCCUUCUACACCUAUCCUGUGGCCGUCCGCUGUGACUGCGGAGCCUGCUCCACUGCCACCACGGAGUGUGAGACCAUCUGAGGCCGGCAUGGUCUGCGGAGCCCAGCCAGUGGCCUGAGCCUCACAGACCCACCUGUGUGAGCAGCACAAGCAGUUAUACUUCCUGGAUGCAAGGCUGUUUAAUUUCGACCACACCCAUGGAGGAGGUUACCUGUCACCCCUUAGAUCCAGCUCAGGCAAAAGGCCCAAAUGCAGCCUACUUAUGCUAAAAGUGCAAAACAAUAUUUGUGUCUUCACCAAAAUAAUUUCUCCAGUUAAUAUGCCUGCAAAUUAAUUUUUCUUUGCCUUGAGUCUUGGAAUAUAAUUUGUGUAUCACAAUCCUUGCCCAAUUUGGACUCAUAAUAUGCUAAUGAUUUAAACAUACUGGGUGUAAUUAGGAAAUGGGGCUGGAAAGUGAAAGUCUUUAAAUUCUCAUGUUCUAUUUAACCACUGACUCCAACUGGAUUUAUGAUUAAAGGGCUAGAAAUGAACAAAAUCCAUGCACUAGUCUUCCUUACCCCAGAGGAAUUCCAACGGCAAGCUUCUUUAGGGAAAAUGCUCCCUUACCCCUUUUAACUGAGCAAUUAACUACAUAAGAAACAGAGAGUGCUCAGAUUAAA